AACACUAGUCUUUAUAUAUUAUCUUGACUAAUUACACUAAGGAUGAUCUGAUAACAGACCGAAACGUUUGUUAAAGUAUUAUUUGAAAUAAAGGUUACGAACACUCUGUUGUGGCUCCAUGCUUUCCUUUUUAUGUGGUGAUUUCUAAUCAAUUGAGUUUUUAGAUAUUAAAAAAAGACAGCAGAAAAAGGAAACAAAACUUGCUAAAACUGGCUAAUUAUUUCGUCAGUCAAUAAUGAUCACUAUUAUACUGCUAUUAUUUACCCUUAUUCUACUGAUAUCUAAUUACUAUGUGCAUUAUCAUGGAAGAAAGGGGCGACUUAUCAAUCUUAUACCAGGACCAUCAGGUUAUCCGAUUGUUGGAAAUGCAUUUCAAUAUCUUCUUGCUUCACGAGAAGAACUAUGGAAGUUUCUGAUUACCUUAACUGACGAGUUUUAUCCCAUUGGAAAAGUUUGGGGAUUCUUUCUUCCCGUAAUAUCCAUCCGUCAUCCGAAUGAUUUAGAGACAAUAUUAAGCAGCACAAAACAUAUCGAAAAAAGUCUUCUUUAUGAUGUUUUACAUCCGUGGUUCGGUACUGGUCUUCUCACUAGUGGAGGCGCCAAGUGGCAUUCACGACGAAAGAUAUUAACUCCCACAUUUCAUUUUAAUAUAUUACAGCAGUUUAUUCAGAUUUUGAUCGAAGAAGGUGAAAACAUGUCCAAAUCUUUGAAAAAUGCAGAAAGCACAGUUGUGAAAAAUUUAAUACCAUUUUUUAGUGAACAUACGCUGAAUGCAAUAUGUGAAACUGCCAUGGGCACUUCUUUACGAGACCUCGGUGAUUUCCAGCAGCAAUAUCGAGAAGCGGUUCAUCGGAUGGGAGAACUUUUUAUUUACAGACUAUUUAGGCAAUGGCUGUACAGCGAUUGGAUAUUCUCGUUGACGUCAAAAGGUAAAGAGCAAAAGAAGAUGCUGAAGAUAUUACAUGGAUUUACUAAACAAAUAAUUGCUGAAAGAAAAGUUUAUCAUGAUCGCACUAAUGGUCAAUAUUUAAAAAUAUUUAAAAAUUUUGAUAAUGACACGUCGGCAAAGAGAGAUGACGCAGUACCGGUAAGAAUACGAAGAAAACGGCUUGCAAUGUUGGAUCUUCUAAUAGCGGCAUCUCGUGAUGGCCUUAUGACUGACUCAGAUAUUAGGGAGGAAGUUGACACUUUUAUGUUUGAGGGUCAUGAUACUACAGCGAUGGGUCUGUGCUUCAUUUCGGCACUAUUAGCUGAGCAUAAGGACAUUCAGGAUCGUGUCAGAAACGAAAUUGAUUCUGCUUUGCAAGAGAAUGGACAAAAGUUUACUAUAAAAUUGUUGCAAGAUCUACCAUAUUUGGAAAGAUGUAUAAAGGAAGCAUUGCGCUUAUAUCCCAGCGUGUAUGUCAUAUCACGUCUUCCUGGGGAAGACGUAAAAUUACAGUCAUAUUUGGUACCUGCUGGAACAUUCUUGCUUCUUAACAUUUAUGGAGUCCACAGAGAUCCUAAUUUUUGGUCAAAUCCAGAAGUAUUUGAUCCUGAUAGAUUCUUGUCUGAGAAGAUCCGACAUCGUCAUCCUUAUUCGUAUUUACCAUUCAGUGCUGGUCCACGUAACUGCAUCGGUCAACGAUUUGCUAUGCUGGAAAUGAAGGCCAUGAUAGCUCCUCUGGUACACAAUUUCUACUUGGAGCCUAUUGAUUAUUUAAAGAAUCUUCGGAUGCAGCUUGAUUUGGUACUUCGCCCUGCUCAGCCACUUCGUGUAAAAUUUAUCCCUGUCUGUAAAACAAAAGCAAGCCCUUGAAACAAAUAUCGACUUAAUAAAGAUUAUAAAAGGCUAAGAAAAGGUUUUAUUUGCUUACACAAUAAUUGUUAAUAGCUCCGUAAUAGUAACACUUUGCACACGUGUCAUA